GCUAGAUCAUAAGGAUCAGAAACUCUACUAUGAAAGGAUUGUAGCCCGAUAUAUGGAGUUCUGUGCCCGCCACCAGAAAGGCCUGGACGCAGCAUGGGCGUCCCUCCCCAGCAGCGCGUCAAGCGAUGCGACCAGCAACCCGCCGGCUUCUCUUCCCUCCUCCGGUGAAAAACCGACCGCCCCCCACAAUCCUGCAGCGUCCACGGAGCUAUCAACGAUCCUGCUUUCCCUCCGCAAGCUGCGCGAGGCCGUUGUGGCCACCGCUUCCACAGUCCCCAUCGCCUUCUCCCAGCAUGUAUACAUUCUCUCGAUCAAAAUAUCCAUCCAAGCCCGGCAUCCGCCGUCAUACUAUCCUUCCCUGCGCCGUCUUCUAGAGGAAUUACACUCCGCGUCCCACCCUCUCCCGGACUCCGACCUGAGAGACGUCGUUUCAUACUUGCUCCUCGAUUACGCCUGUCGACAGGAGGACAUGGCUGCCGCUUAUCAGCUGCGUGCACGUGCCCGCAGAGAAUACGGGUUUCAGUCGUCAAUAAUAGACCGCGUUUUGACUGCACUGGCACAUGACAACUGGGUUGAAUUCUGGCGGGUCCGCAAAGAGGUGGACUCCAGUAUGCGCGCAGUCAUGAACUGGGCGGAAGACCGCGUUAGAAGACUCGCUCUCAAAGCAGUCAGCAAAGCCUAUCUCAGCACCGACGCCAGAUGGAUUACCGAGGGUUGCACCGGUGACAGGAAUUGGACGUGGGAGAAGUUGGCCGCCGCGGAGAACCUCGGUUGGGAGAAAGACGGCGACAAAAUCAUCAUCAAGAGGCCGAAGAAAAAGCCUCAGACGAGCCUUGCACCUAUCAAGGAGAAUCCAUAAAGAGCUCCGGUCGAUUGAUUAUCGUUAUGUUGUCAUCUGGCGUAUGAAUGGCAUUGGGGGAGCAUGGCGUUCGUUUCUGGGUAAAUGGGAUGAUAUGAGAGCAUGUCGACCCGACGAACAUUCUUAGAUAGCAUAUCGGUUCUUGAAACAAGUCUAUUCUUGGAGACGGGUACGUGAGUUUUCGGCGUUUAUUGUUCAUUCCAUCACAGCUUGAAAUCCGCAUUGGAUCGAUCUA